AUGGAACGUUUUUUCUACCUGUGUGAUCUGAGUUUUUUUUCGUCUUCGAUGAUUGAAGGUUCUAUAAUAGCAUGUGAUAAGAUGGGGACGAUUCAUACGAUAAUGCCUGUGAUGAGUGAGAUAUCUAUGGAUCAUUUGAAGAAGGACAUUAAGUUUUAUCCUGCUGAUGAUCUUUGUUUUACUACGACUGAUAUGGUGAAGGGAAUCCGAGUGUGGGACAGAUGCAGAGCAGAGAUGGUAUAUUCUUACAAGGAUGACUACAUCAAGAUGCAUGCAUAUAGCAAGAAUGGAUGCAUGGCGGCGGUUGGAGAAGGCAGUGUGAAGCUGUAUGAUCUUCGGGUGAGAUACAACAUUGAUACGAUUCCUGUUGGGAUGUGUAAGAUGGCAGAGUGGGGCGAUAAUCGAGUGUACUGUAUUGCAGAGAACAGUAUUGUGGAGUAUGACACACGAAACCUGGAUAAUAUGGUUAGUGGGCAAAGGAGUGAGGAUAGGAUGAGUGUUAGUAAGCUGAAUGGAGUGAUUGAUUUUGCAAGCAUGCAUAAAGGAGAAUUCUGUAUGAUGAAGAGGAAUGGAAUGGUUUAUUUGCAGAAGAUUGAGGAGCUUAAGGAAGUAGCAGGAUAUGAAAGGCCUAGCAUAGGAUCUAAGAUGAUAAAAAUCCGGAAUGAGAUUGAUGAUUUUGCAAUUGGAGCAGUUGAAGACAAUAAGGUUUGUAUAUAUGAGUAUAGAGACACAUGGAUGUGUGUGAUGGAAGGGGUGAAUCACAUAGAUUGGAUGUGGUUUUGCCGAAACAAUUGCUAUAUGUUUGCAGACCGAAAAGUGUACCUGAUGGAAGGAGGAUAUGAAGAAUUCAAGAAGGCAAUCAGGAAGGAUGAAUAG